UUUCUGCAUAUCGAGCAAAGAGCCUAGCAAGUUGAGGUACACUCACUCCAUGGCGACCGUCCUGGAUGCUUUGGCACCCUACGUCAAAAAGCUGCUCACGGACAUGGCAGAAGAAGAGGUAUCAAUGCUGCUCGGAGUUUCUGGCGAGAUAACCAAGUUGGGAGGCAACAUAGAAAGCCUCAAAGCCUUCUUUGCUGACGCGGAGAGGAGGCGCAUCACCGACUUGAGCGUGCAAGGAUGGGUGAGGAAGCUCAAGGACGCCAUGUACGACGCCACCGACAUCAUAGACCUGUGUGAACUCGAGGCUGACAGUCAGAGGGCGUUAAGAGGCGGCAGCAUGGAGCAGGUGCCAAUGGGUUGCUUCCAGCCAUUGCUCUUCUGCCUACGGAAUCCCAAGUUCGCUCACAAGAUAGGCCGCCGUAUCAAGGAGCUGAACCAGCGCCUGGACGGCAUUCACAGGGAGGCUCACAGGUUCAACUUCAUCAACCUCGGUUCCUACCAUUAUCGGAGGAUGCCCACUGAUGCUGAACCCUCUAGCCAGAGGAUGACGUCCGAGUUUGUAGAGUCAGCUAUCGUUGGUGAGAAGAUCGAGAAUGAUACAAGGGAACUUGCCCAUUGGCUAACCACCUACAGAAACCAUGACAUCAAGGUGGUGUCCAUCGUGGGAGCGGGCGGCAUGGGAAAGACAACCCUUGCCCAGAAGAUCUUCAAUGCGACAACCGUCAAAGAGCACUUCAAAGUGAAGAUAUGGCUGAGCAUCACCCAGCACUUUGACGAGGCUGAACUGCUCAGGACGGCAAUCAAGCAUGCAGGGGGAGUCCACUGGCAGGUUUCUCCUGGUCUUGGAUGAUGUCUGGAGUGACAGAGCAUGGAGUCAUGUGCUU